AAUAUUUUUAAAUGACAAAUUUCUAAGUAACCCCUCUUCUUUAAUUGCUAUGCUAUUAAAUGCAAAGUAUUGAAAAUACCAGUCUUGGUAUCUUACUAAAUAUUUACUGCGGUGAAAGCAGUUGAAUGUGCAUCAUAUAAUUGCAGAUAACUAGAAACUGACAUUUGAAAGGGCUACCUAAGAUCAGAUUUCAGAUCUACCUAUUUAAGAUUUAGCUAUGGAAACUCCGCAGAUAAAUUUUCCUCUUGGUCGCCAAGCAAAGCAAAGGGGGACGGUGGUGCAAGAGGAUGGCAGCCCUCCAGCAAAAAAAGCAAUGACAGAAACGCGUGUAAAAGAUAAAGUUCAAACUGUGAUAAAUAAACUGACAACAAUAAAGAAGGAACACUUGGAUGAGUGUGAAGAAAAUGUCAUGGAGGACAGAGAAGAAGAUGCCAAGCCAAAUGUUGCUGCAACAUCUGAGCCUUUGAACUUAAAUCCUGGGCUGAAGCACACGCUGGCACAGUUCCACUUAAGCAGCCAGAGUUCACUGGGAGGUCCAGCAGCAUUUUCGGCUCGCCACUCCCAAGAAAGCACGCCUUCUGUCUUUGUACCUCUCCCAUCGCCCCAGAUCCUUCCUGGUCCACUGCUUGUCCCUUCGGACAGUUCAACAGAAUUAACUCAGACUUUAUUGGAAGGGGAGUCUAUAUCCUGUUUCAAAGUUGGAGGGGAAAAGAGACUUUGCCUGCCUCAAGUCUUGAAUUCGGUGCUCCGUGACUUUUCUCUGCAGCAAAUUAACACCGUGUGUGAUGAACUUUACAUCUAUUGCUCUCGGUGCACCUCUGACCAGCUUCACAUUUUAAAAGUUUUGGGAAUCCUUCCGUUUAAUGCUCCAUCUUGUGGGCUUAUCACACUGACUGAUGCUCAGAGACUAUGCAAUGCAUUGCUGCGUCCUCACACUUUCCCUCAAAACGGUAGCUUGGUCCAUGCAAAAAACUCUCUGGCCCAACUAAAAGAGACGGGCAGUGCAUUUGAAGUAGAGCAUGAGUGUCUGGGCAAGUGCCAGGGCUUAUUUGCCCCACAGUUUUACCUUCAGCCGGAUUCUCCUUGUAUCCAGUGUUCAGAAUGCUAUGGGAUGUUUUCUCCCCAGACUUUUGUGAUGCAUUCUCACCGUUCUCCAGAUAAGAGGACCUGCCACUGGGGCUUUGAAUCGGCCAAGUGGCACUGCUAUCUUCACGUUAACCAAAAAUAUUUAGGAACUCCAGAAGAGAGAGAUUUAAAGGAUCUACUGGAAGAAAUGAAAGAGAAAUUUAGUGUGAAGAAUCAGAAGGCCCAGGCGAAAGCAGAUUCUCAGUAUAACCUGGAAUUCCAGCAAUGGUAUCCAGUGAUAAAGCAAGAAGCAGACACGAUUAAUCAGCCACACUCAUUUGUGCAUCCCAGCUACUACUUCUACAUGUGUGACAAAGUGGUUGCUCCCAACGUAUCUCUUACCUCUUCCGUAUCGCAAUGUAAAGAAGCUGCGAAAACAGUGGAGAAGAUUUCAGAAGUAAUCAAAUCUCUGCCUGGGCAGUCGGUAAAACCGCACAGUGCCGGCAAGCGCAAAAAAGCCAUUUUCUAUCAAGACAGCUGUCUUGAAGUACAAAACAAAGUUGAUGUGAAACUUGGUGCAGAAGUGUGCACUAGUUUAGAGCAGCCUAUGUCUACUAAACCCACGAACAGAAGGAAAGCUGAACAGAUCCCCUCCAAAACAUCUAUAGAAGAUACAGAGGGAGAAUCAAACAGCGAUGCACAAUCGUCAGCUCAGCCUCUUACAAAUGGUAUUGGUUGUGAAGACGACAAAGGGAAAAUUAUGGAAGAAGUCAUGAAAACGUAUAUAAAGCAGCAAGAAAAGCUACAUACAAUUUUGCAAAAGAAGCAGCAUCUCCAAAUGGAAGUAGAGAUGUUAAGUAGUUCCAAAGCCAUGAAGGAGUUAACGGAAGAACAGCAGAAUUUACAAAAAGAACUUGAAUCUUUGCAGACUGAGCAUGCUCAAAGAAUGCAAGAAUUUUAUGUUGAGCAGAGGGACUUGGAGAAAAAGUUAGAGCAGGUAAUAAAGCAAAAGUGUACCUGCGACUCUAACUUGGAAAAGGACAAGGAAGCAGAGUAUGCAGCUCAGUUAGCAGAACUGAGACAGAGGCUGGAUCACGCCGAGGCAGACAGGCAAGAGCUGCAAGAUGAACUGAGACAGGAGCGCGAAGCGAGACAAAAAUUAGAGAUGAUGAUCAAGGAACUGAAGCUUCAGAUUCAGAAGUCUUCGAAAAGCAGCAAAGGGAAAUAGAGCGCUUGGAGACAGGGUGGUGUUGUGUGUCCGCAUUAUCCCAACAGGGUUAAUAUAUCGAGGAUAAGUCAAGUCAUGGAUCCGCAAAAGGCAUUGGGGAUGGUCCAGAGGGAGCGUCUCUUGUGCAAGCAGCACCAUUUAAGUAGGAGUUGUGCCAUCUCCAGCAACUUAGACAAAGUUCUGCACAAGAGAAGUUCCCGACAGAUGGUGCCCAAUGUAUACAUUAUAAAUCUGUAUCGAUAUAACCUCUGUACAGUUUGCAGAUGGACAAAAAUCUGUGUCUGUGCUGCGGCCACUGCUCUUUUUUGACAGUUACGAGCAGCGUGGAAACCUUGUGCUUUACGGUGCUCAGUGUUUAUGCAGCAAGCUGUCCUGAGGGCUCUAAACCUUUGCUGAAAGCAGCUUUAUUUUACUCAAAAGUAUGCAGCAUCCAUGUUACUUGCUUUUUCUGUUGCAUGGGAUCCAUUCACGUCAAACUUUUUAAAAAAUAGUUCCAGGAAUCUAAAAAACAGAGGAAACCGAUUGAAGAGAAAUUGUUCCCUUGCACCGUUCUACUUUGAUAUUUUAUGCUGCAAUGGGGAGAGAAUUGAUGACUGAAAUUCAUUCAGGAGUCCUGACACUUUUUCAAAUGCUGAUUUCCCCCCCCCAAACUGUUAACUUCUGCUGUCUAUG